AUGGCACUGAAGACGAAGAAGGAAGCUCCUGCCCCUCCCAAAGCUCAAGCCAAAACAAAGGCUUUCACAGCCAAGAAGCCCAAUUAUCCUCAGAAGAGCACCCCCAGGAGAAGCAAGCUUGACUGCUAUGCCAUUGUCAAAUUCCCCCUGACCACUGAGCAGGUGAUGGAGAAGAUAGAACACAACACCACAUUGGUGUUCAUUGUGGAUGUCAGGGCCAGCAAGCACCACAUCAAACAGGCUGUGAAGAAACACUGUGACAUUGAUGUGGCCAACGUCAACACCCUGAUCAGACCGAUGGAGUGA